AUGUCUUUUAUCAAGUUCAAGCUGGACAGUGCCACUGAACGCUCUGCCCCGAUCCCAAUAGCAGCUGCCGUGUCUAGAACCUCGUCAAAGUGGCAAGAUGGAUCACCCAGAGAGGUUCCCUCGCGAGAGUCAUCCGUGGAGAGAAUACCCAGGACCCCUUCCGCAAUAACAGCCAGCUGCAAAAGAAGAACAAUCAAACCCCGGCGCAAUACUGCCUGUAUAGAAUGUAAAGCCUCCAAAACUCGCUGCGAAAAGCCUCAUACUGGACGUAAGGAUAAAUGCCAUCGAUGCCUGCGGCUGUCCAAAGAGUGUGCUCCGAACCCAGCGACGCAACUAGUACCUUCUGUCAAAUAUUUUCCACAACAGCCUGUCGCUCCGUCAACCACCAAGGGCUCGCACGCAUUACAGUCCCGGUAUGGGGCUUCUUCAUGUUACCCCGCAAAAUACGGCGGAGAAGAGGUUCUUGACACCAGUUCAGCAUUGGAAACAGAGGUGUCUGCCGCCUUCUUAGAGGGGUUCGGUCCAUCUUCACGGCCAUUGCCGGGCUUUCAGAACAAGAAGCUGGACCUUAAGAUUGAUUCUAUUCUCAGUUCGAGAACAGCCGAGCAAAUACUUCAGCACUACAUUAGUAACUUCUCUCCAAAAUGCCCUAUCGUCGUCUUUUCGCCCGGAGUAACGGCUACGCUUGUGAGAGAGACCAAGCCAUUACUAUUUCUAUCCAUACUUAGCAUUGCCUCCGCUGGAUACUGCACCGUCGAUGAGCAAAAGAUAUUGGCGGCUGAGUUCAAGGGUUACCUGGCAGAGAGUGUGAUUGUUCGAGGAGAGAAGUCGGUCGAACUCGUACAAGCGCUUCAAGUCGCAUCGCUUUGGUACCGAGCCACAGAUCAUUACACACAGAUGAAUUUGAAUCAGCUGGCUCACAUGGCAACCACCAUGGCCAUAGAUCUUGGACUGGACAAGAUCGAGGUGUUGGGCUCGAUUGGCAAAUUCCAGGACAAUUGGAUCCGCGCGGAGGCGCAACGAGCCUGGCUCUGCUGUUUUCUCUUAUCUGCAAGUCUUUCCUUGAUUUUGAGACGGCCCAAAGCAAUUACUUGGACCGCGAAAAUGGACGAUUACCUUGCCGACUUGCAACGGACAGAGGCAUGCCCUACAGAUGCCUUCUUUAUCCAGCUGGUAGUGACGGAGCGUCGUUGCCACGCCAUAGACCAGCAGCUAUUCUUGAGCGAUCCCGCGACGUGGUUAUCCGCGCGAGACCCGAAAACGAUGGAGAUAAUCCAGAAUUUCCAAUCUCAAAUUGAUUUCUACCCCCUCGACCAACUAGACUCAAUACAGAAUUCUCUUGUUGAUUUUGGCAGGUUUGCUGGCUUAGUGUAUGCGCAUGAGUUGGCUCUGCAUAUCAAUCACAAUAUCGAUGAGUUCGCGGCGCCCUUUGCCGCAAGUUCUUUGAGGACAUGCAGCUUUAUCGAUGCGCAAUAUUUGAAUGCAUCUCACCUGUCGGCCCUUAAAACUGUCAUGGUUGCGUCACAAGGACUGCUGGAUGCCUUUCUCGGAUUAUCUGUAACUGAUAUGCUCGUCUUACCACCGCAUAUUUACGGCGGUCGUGUGAUAUACGCAGUUGUACUUUUGAUGAAACUGCACAAAGCAAUCACAGAAUCAGCAAAGGGGGCCGGCGACAUUAUCAAAGCUGACCAAUUGCACCUGGAAGCAUAUUUUGAGCAGCUCGUCGUCGUCUCGAAGCUCCUUAUCGCGAACGAUGAACGUAAUGCUCUAAGCAGAGCCUUUCUGAUCAUGCCUCAGCUGAGAGACUGGUUCUACCUAUCUCUGUGCAAAAGACCGUCUUCUGCAGAUCAUAAUAACGGGAUAGGGGGCUCACCUAUUCAGUCGGACAAUGGGCAAUUGAAUUCUACAUUCCAUGUACCGACAGGGAGUCUUAAUGACUCCUCAGUUUCUACGGAGUUAUCAGAAUGCAAUGCAAAGAAUUCCGGACAGCUGGGUAUGCCUAAAUCGCCACUUGACGAGCUUAUCCAGCCUGCCAUUAUUCCUCGCUAUCCUCCAACGCACAGCAGAAACAAUAGCUCUGAAGUACAUGGGCUUACAGCGGCAACCGACGAUUGGUUUUGGGAGUUCUUCAAUGUUGAUAUGCUCAACUAG